GUGGUUCCGCCCGAGGAGCUGGGCGUGAGCUUCGACUCGAUUGGCGCUCUGGAGAAUGUCAAGGAGACGCUGCGGGAAGUUGUCAUGCUGCCGUUGCAGAGGCCGGAGCUCUUUACGCGGGGAACCUUGACCAAGCCGACGAAAGGAGUGCUCCUGUUUGGUCCGCCGGGAACCGGAAAGACAAUGCUUGCCAAGGCUGUCGCGUCGGAGUGCGGAGCGAACUUCCUGUACGUCAGCCUCUCCAGUGUUACUUCCAAAUGGUUCGGUGAAGCGGAAAAGUACAUCAAGGCCGUCUUCACUCUGGCGCACAAGAUUGCCCCUUCGGUCAUUUUCGUGGAUGAGGUGGAUUCGCUUCUGGGGAAGCGCACGGGAAGCAGCAGCGAGCACGAGGCAAGUCGCAAGAUGAAGAACGAGUUUAUGGCUCACUGGGAUGGCCUCAAGACUCGGCAGAAGGACCGCGUCAUGGUGCUGGCUGCGACAAACCGGCCCAUGGACCUGGACGAGGCCGUCAUUCGCCGGAUGCCCCGUCGCAUCAUGGUGGACCUGCCGGACUCCUCCAACAGGGUUAAGAUCCUCAGGGUGUUGUUGAAAGAUGAGAGCCUGGAUCCAAGCUUUUCAUUGGAGGAGCUUGCGGCGCUAACGGAAGGGUACAGUGGCUCCGACCUAAAGAAUAUGUGCGUGGCGGCUGCCUACCGCCCCAUUAGGGAGCUCAUCGCGGCCGAGAAGGCCGCGGCGGAGGCAGCACGCCAAUCACUGGUGGACUUCAAGGCAGCCAUGCAGCAAGUGGGUCCGAGCGUGGCGAGCGAUCAGGGCUCACUGAUGAACGAGCUGCGGAGGUGGAACGAGGCAUACGGCGAGGGCGGUAAGCGCAAGGCGGACACCCUGACAUAUUUCCUAUAA